AUGGAGCCGCCAGUCCUCGAGUCGACAGAUGUCAGGAAUAAGUUGGAGGACCUGUCUGGGGUGGUGGUCAAACCGGGAGAGAACCCGUACAAUGCUCUCAUCGAGGCUUGUAAUGAUGAUCCAGUUGAGUUGGCCCUGUUUACUUACGUCUUGCAAAUCCAAGCACUGUAUGCGGCUCACCGCAUAAAGCGGAAUGCCCAGCAAGCAGACAAUUUCCGAGCUCCUGCCUUCAACGAGUUGAUCAUAGACCCGUACCUGCUCAGACUGCAAGACCCGCUCAUAGAACCUGGCUUCAAGGAUACGAGGCAUUGCAUGACCUUCUGGGGUCGACCGCCCAUUCAUGUACUCGAGCUGGCAGAAGCAAUCCAGAGAAGGCUCAAGGCCGCUGCGCCGAAUAUAUGGUUGAUGCCCUUGCACCGAAUGCACAUCACCACGCUGGAACUCGCUUUCUCCCGCACCGCAGAGGAGAUAGACUCCAUCAAGGAAACGUUGAAGCCCGCCAUACCAUCCAUCGCAAGCUACACCUACCAUCACCGAGCCCGUCUCGUGAAGCCCAUGAUCUCGUACGACCUUUCAGCCUUCGCCGUCUCGUUCCUCCCCGCAGCUGGCGAGCCCAAGGUCUCCUCAGCACCGGUGGCACCCGACAAUGUGGAAGUGCUCAAGCAGGGGGACGGCUACACGUACCACCACCUGAGAAGAGACAUGUGGGACAAGACCAAGGAGGCCGGCAUGACCAUCGACUCGCGAUACAUCGUACCAAGCGCUCAUAUCACUCUGGGGCGGUACCUCACGAACGAAGACCAUGCGACGCCGGAGCAGCGGAAGAAGUGGGUCGAGGCCAUCGACGAGAUCAACAGGUGGUUGGAGGCGGAGGUGUGGGAGAAGCACGACGCCGGCUUGGUCGGGGAAUGGGUCGUUGGCCAGGAGAAGGGCCUCGAUGUCCGGGUCGGAACCUUGUGGUACGGAGGAGGCAGGACGGUGCUACUUGGUGAAGGGUUCUGA